CUAAACAUUUAAAAACACCUCGAAAAAUUGCGUGAAUAGAAACAAAUGCCGCCAGAAAUUAACUGUCACUGUCACUAAAUGACACUUGAGUUCACUUGACACUACACUUCACUACAAGUUCUGGUUCUGGUCUCCUCCUGAAAACUUAUCGUAAAUUUCAGUUCAGUGUGUGAUAAUGAGUGGUAAAAGUGCCUCACGCCCUCGCGGGCCUAAUUUUACGAAAGAGGAACAAUUCCUGUUGUUCAACACGGUCCAACCAUUCUGCAGCAUCAUCGAAUGCAAGAAAACCGAUUCGGUGCGGCAGGUAGACAAGCAGAAUGCCUGGUCUAGAAUUACCGAGAACUUUAAUGCAAAUUCUAAGGGCGCACCAAGAAGUGUGGAAAAUCUAAUUUCAUGCUACAGAAAUGUUAAAAGUAAAUUUAAAAAGCAACACUCGGAAGCGAAAAUGAUGUUGAAAGACUCCGGAAAAGACUUGAUAAAUGCUGUAGAAGAGCAUGGUGAGGAUUGGGAAGAAAUCUCUUCCACCAUGAAUCAACCAAUUGAAGUUUGUAGAAAUAGCUUCGAAAAUCUAAAGAAACAAUUAAAAAAAGAAGACACUCAGCGGAAGAGUGUAAUAAUGGGAACAGGUGGGGGACCUCCACCGCCUAAUGAUGAAGGUGAACCUUUAAAUAAAUUAAGAAAAUUUAUUGAACCCCAAAUGGAUGGUCUGUUCACCAUUUAUGAUGGAGAUGCAAAUAUAAUGGCCCAGUACCAAGCAUCUCUGCCAAAAGAGGACCAACGAACUCCCAUUGAGCACAAUUUGAAAAGUGUUUCAGCUGGUACUAGUGAUACCAUAAAGGACUAUGUAAAUUAUAAUGAAAUUAUAAUUGAUGACCACCUUGCUGUCCUCACCACGCCAAACAAAUCCAAAUUAACAAGUAGAGAUACCAUAAAGGACUAUGUAAAUUAUAACGAAAUUAUAAUUGAUGACCACCUUGCUGUCCUCACCACGCCAAACAAAUCCAAAUUAACAAGUAGAGAUGAACAUGAAACUGGUUCGGGUAAACCAUCAACAAGUGACAUACAUACAAUGAAGCAAGAAAAUGAAAUACACACCUCACCAAAUUUUAAGGACCUUACAAGAACCGAAAUUUUACGGAAAAAGAAGCCUACAGAGCUGAUGAGGACUAAUGAUACAAGGAAAAAAACUACAGUCAAUGACAGUUUUCAAGACCUGGCCAUGGAGAAAAUUAAAUUGGUCAGGGAGCAACAAAGACUAUGUCAAAUCGAGACAGAGCAUAAAAGAAAAUUAUUUGAAAUUGAGUUGGAAGAAAAGCUGUUGGAGAAACAGUUUAAUGCUGAAAUGCGUGCCAAGCAGCUCCUUCUAAUCGAUUUAAAAAUAAAGAAAGAAGGAUCUAUGAUUGAGAGCGGUGGUAGCUCAGUCGUGUAAGCACCCGCUUCUCCCGCCCUAGAUCCUUCUUUCAUUAUUUUACAGAAUAAGAAUACCAUUGCUUUUACGGUGAAGGAAAACAUCGUGAGGAAACCUACAUAUCUAGAUUUAGCACAUCUUGAUAUGUGAACCCACCAACCCACAGUAGACCAGCGUGGUGGAAAAUGGUCCAAGCUUAGGAAGGCAGUUUAGACCUAUGGGAUAUGCGUUUGUAAGGUACUUGUCAAGUAUUAUGCCAUGUGUUGAUUGUUACCUACUCUGUGAUUGAUUAUUGACUGUGAAAACGUGUGAAUUUUCCAAUCUGUUUAUUAUUUGGAAUAUCGAGCAAUAACUUAGUAGAAUAGAAUUUCUAUUAAAAGAAAAUUUUUAUUUGUGAUAAAUUUAUUGUAUGAUAAAUGUUUUAUAAUAAAGAAAAAUAAUUUUCAACAAGCAGUCUUCUUUCUAUAUUGCGAUUUCCUCUUGGUUGUUGUGGAAAAUGUUCAUUUAAAUCUUCUGCCAAAACAGGAUAUUCGGGAUCAACUGGUGGGACAUUUUCAUUUUGCAUUAUUGCUAAAUUGUGUAAAACGGCAGUUGCCACAAUUAUACCAGGCACUCUAUGCAGGUGGACACUUAUGCCCCGUGAUAAUAUGGGAAACCGUCUCUUCCAUAUUCCAAAAGCCCUUUCUACCACAUUUCGGGUUUUUAUUUGUGACUCUUGGUAUAGGAUUUCUCCCCUCGAAUUCGGGGUGCCAUCUGGAAAUGGAGUCAUCAUGAAACCUGUUUGUGCAUAGCCGCUAUCACCAAGUAAAAGUUUAUCAGCAUAUUUCUUUUGAACAAAGUUGCGUUUUAAUGCACAGUUAUCCCAAAUAUUUGAAUCAUGUGCUGAUCCAUGCCACCUUGCUACUACAUCUUCAAAUGUCAAGUUUGCUGCAGCUACACAUUGCACAUUAAUAGAAAAGUAACCUUUUCGGUUUCUAUACAGCUCUGCAUUUUGUCCUCC